AUGGGCUUCGGCUCCUUCGACUCGAUCUGCAAGCAGUCCGCGCUCCCGUUAUGUUUCCUCCUAGGUCCUCCGGCCGAGUUCACGACCACGAAGAACCCUGUGCUGUUGCCAGCAUGCAGCGCCCGAUCCAUCGAGUUGGGCAACACCAUCAUCUUCGAGGCCGCCUCUGACUUCGCACAUAUCGCCGCCCUGUUUAUGACGGCCAUCAUGAUUUUCCACGUCCGCUCCAAGUUCACUGCAGUCGGCAGGAAAGAGAUCUUGACAUUCUUCUACAUAUACACUCUGUUGACCGUCAUCAGCUUGGUGCUGGACGCAGGUGUCCUUCAGGCGACAACCACGUCUGCCUAUCCCUGGUUCGUCGCGGUGCAGGAUGGCCUGGCUAGUGCGCUGUGCACCUGUCUGUUGAUCAACGGGUUUGUGGGCUUCCAGUUGUAUGAGGAUGGGACCACGCUCUCAAUAUGGCUGUUACGACUCGGCAGCCUGAUCAUGUUUGUCAUCAGUUUUGCCGUCAGUCUGCUCACGUUCAAGGGCUGGGCGGGUUUGUCGCCCACCAACACCACGGGGCUUUUCAUCGUAUUGUAUGUCAUCAACGCCAUCUGUCUGGCAGUAUACUUUGUCAUGCAGAUCAUUCUGGUGGUCAACACGUUACAGGACAGAUGGCCGUUGGGCGACCUCGCCUUUGGUGCAUUUUUCUUCAUCGUCGGCCAGGUCAUUUUGUACGUGUUUGGCAAGAGGAUUUGCGAAGGAGUCGGCCAUUACCUCGAUGGCUUGUUCUUCGCCACCGUCUGCAAUCUGUUGGGUGUCAUGAUGGUCUAUAAGUACUGGGACUCGAUCACCAAGGAGGACCUGGAAUUCAGCGUCGGCACAAAACAGGGCAAUUGGGACGUCAAAGAAUCUCUCCUAGACCCUUCGUCGGCCGUCGACGACCGACGCACCAGUUUUUACGGUGCACCCAGCGGAAGAGAAUCCGUCUACGAUGCGAGUAGUAUGAGUAUGGACUAUGCUCCACAAGUCCCAGCACAUUUCCACCAGCAUCCAGCUAUGCCUCAGCCACAGCCACAGCAGUACGGUCACCAGCAAUCUCACACCCCGAGCCAUCAGUACUCGUCAAGUCGGGAUCGACUGUCUGGGUACGGGCAGCUCAAUGAAGGAAGGCAGAGUUACGGCGACGUUCGGCGACAGUUGCCCAAUUAUGACGAAUAUGCGGACGUGCAGACGCCACGGUCGAGGUUGAGGAGCCGCGACGGUAUCGGUCAGAGGGAGAGGGAGAGGGAAUAUGCUUACUAG